UGGAUGCAGAGAAGAUGAAGUGAUGAAAUUAUCUUUUUGUUAGAAUAAGAAAGAAAGAUGAUAAUGAUAAAGAGAGAAAGAGAGAGAGCAAGAGAGACAACAAAGGAGAGAGAAAACAAAGUGAGAUGAUGAUAACUGAGUGAGAACCACAGAAAAAAAUAAUCAACAUCUCGACAACAAUUCAUUAUGAAAGCAAAGUGAAAAUAUCAACAUGAUAACAUGAAAAACAAUGAAUAGUUAGUGUGUUGAAAAUUCAUCAUCAUGGUUUCAUCUUUUAUCAUUUCAAUUUCAAAUGGGAUGCAAUUAACUUCAAUAAUGAUAAUUUCAUGAUGAUCAUCAUUAACCAGUCUCCUAAUCAACAACAUCAUCAAUCACAAUCAAUGUUAAUUGUUUGAAAUAAACAACAAAGACCCAAAACAAAACAUCCUCAUCAAUUUUACUGUUUGUUCAAUUGCAACUCAGUGACUUUAAUCAUCACAAUUAAUAAUGUGAAUCCAUGGCCAACCAAUCAAUUGAUUAAAACAAAACUAAUCAACGACAAUUAAUUAAUCUACUCAUCAUCAUCUAAUUAUCAAUGUUUCUGUGCCAAUUAUAUAUUAAUAACAAUAUUGGAUUAAAUUGUUACCGUUGUUAUGUCAACCUGAUCGAUAAUUUUGUUUUUUUUUUAAUUAAAACAAUCAACAAUUUGUUUGUUUGAUAUUUUUGAUUGAUUUGUGCUGAUUAAAUUUAAUUGUUCAAGGAAAUGAGGAACAGUAAUCAAGUUAAUCAGGAUAAAAUGAAAGUUAUCAAUUUACCUCGUAAAUUGAUUGUUAUUGUUAAUCUAUUUUCAUCCGGUUUAUGUUCAAUUAAUUGUUCAUUUAAUUGUAAAUCAUUUUGGAUUCUAAUGAUUAUCUUCAAGUGUCUUGUGUCCACCAUUGUGUCCACUACAUCAACACCAUUCUCAUGGUCAUUAGAUGAAGAUAAAAGAUUUUAUCUUCCAACAAAUUAUUAUCCAAUUUACAGAAAUUUAAGAUCUCACCAAGUUGGUUUAUCUUCAUCAUCUUCUAACUCUCACUUGUUAUCAUCUUCAUCUUUUUCCAAUUAUCAUUCUCAUCCAUCAUCAUCUUCACAUGGAUCAUCAAUACAUGAUGCAAGAUUUGAUGAGACUUCAGUUGAUUCAGAAGAUGAAACUAAUUAUGAUGAUAGUAAUGGUGCUGAUGAUGUUAAUGAUGAUGACAAUUCAGGUAACGGUGGUGAUGUGGUUAAUGGUCAGGAUGAAGAGAAUGAUGAUUCAAUGAUGAUGAUGAAUGAAGGUGUUGAGAGAGAUGUUAUUGGAUUAGAUGGAGGAGAGAGUGGAAAUGGACUGAAAGAAAUAAUUGAAAAUUCAAUCUCCAAUUCAGAAAAUGAACUAAUCAUCUUGAGUCGAGGUCGAGGUUUACCUAAAGGAUCAAUAACAAUGUCACAAGAAUCGAUACUUUCUUAUAUCGAUCGUAUCUCUCGAGGUGAUUGGUGUCGUUUUCAUGGUCACGUUGCCGAUGAUUCAAUACGAAACUUGCCAAGUACUUCAUCAUCAUCUUCAUCUUCAUCUCCUUCUUCCGGUUUACCUUUGUCUCCAUCAUCGUCAUCAUCCUUGUACGAAAUAGAUUCAACUAAUCAGAUCACUUUUAGCAGUAAAUUACAAAUGCCUUCCGGUUCGGUACCUUCUUCCGUUACCUCAUCGGCCUCUUCCCACCCCAAGAAACAAUCAAUACCCUCACACCCUUUGGUUUAUGCUUCUUCACCCUUACAUGAGAUUCCCCCGCACUCUUUGCGUUUAAAAUAUAAUCAAACUGCCGCUCGAGUUGAUCUUCUCAAUGCAAUUCUUCAUGAUUACAAAUCUCAAACUGAUAAUUAUCGAUUCUUGAAAAAAUCAUUCCAUCACAUGAUUGACCUUGACAAGGACAUAAUUCAUGCGAAAAUAAUUUGGCUAAAUGAACAAAAUAUAAACACAGACAUCUCCAAACUAAAUCAACAAUCAAGUUCAUCCUUGAUUCCAACUAGUAUAACGAUAAAUCAUAACAUUAAACCAACUUAUUACUACACAACAACGAAACGUAAACGACCUUUAAACACUUAUACAUAUUUGAACAUUAAUCGAACCAUUUCUCCAUUCGAACCUUGGUUAGAUUUUCAAUUUAAAUCAAUUGAACAAGAAAAACUUUUCGAUCAACUGUUAACACAACAAUACAUCUUAAGAUCACAAUUAUCAUCAUUCCAACAACCAAUUGACUUAAAUAAUAACAAUGAUAAUCCAAAACCAUCAUCAGCCAACCUCCCAAUCCCAACCAACAACAACAACAACAACAACUUAUCAUCAUCAUCAUCCUCAUCCUCAUCCUCAUCAAACAAUCAAAAUGAUCAUCACAAUAGUAAUGAUAAUAAGAAAGCAACCAAUUCAAAUAAUUUAAACUCAAGUUCCAACACCAAGAAAAUCAUGAUAAACAAUAAAAACAAGUCCAACAUGAUGAGCAAUAAUAAUAGUAAUAAAAAUGACCCCAAUAAUAAUAAUGACCACAGUAAUAAUAAUAAUAAGUGUCCUAAAUUUACUAGCUGGACAAAUGCAUAUUAUUCAUGUGAUUAUAAGAUAUGGUUAUUUUCAUAUACAUCUUUGAUCAUCAUGGAAACAGCUGAUUCUUGUAUAUUAAGAGGAAUCAUCUCAGUUGAUAUAGAUAUUAAUUCAAUUGAUAUUAACCAGUGUGAUUAUCAACCAUCAUUUAUGACAAUUAUGGAAACAAUUAAAUCAACACUAACAACAGAACCAACAACAUCAUCAUCAUCAUUAUCAUCAUUAUCAGCAACAACAACAACAACAACAACAGGAACAACAUCAUCAACAUUAUCAACAGAAUCAUCAAUAAAUAAACCAUCAUCUCAAUCAACAUCAACAUCAACAAUUAAUUUAAUUACUAUCCCUCUUAUCGGGACAAAUAAAUGUCACCAACCAAGUAGUAAGUGUACUUUUCAACCGGGACAUGGAUGGACUAAAGGUGGAUAUGAAUGUCGAUGUCGUGACGGCUAUUUCGCUCCUUCCGCUUCCUUUACCAAAGAUAAGACCAAAAGUAGCCAAUCUUUCAAUGGAACCGAAGUUGAGAAAGCUUGGAACGAGAAAUUAACCAAUCAAGGAAGUGUCCAGUAUGAUAUGAUUUAUGUUUGCCAAAAAUGUCAACCAGGAUGUGAUACCUGUAAGGACAAUUCCCCUUGCCUGUCGAGCUACAAUUGGGCUUUUCGGAUAUCGUUACUUACUUUCUCAGUCAUAUGUAUCUUUCUAACCACCAUGUUAGCUUGUUAUAUUUACAAGUAUCGAAAGUUAAAAGUGUUCAAAGUGGCCAGUCCAAUAUUUUUGUGUAUCACUUUACUCGGUUGUGCGAUCAUGUACCUUGAGAUGGCGGCGAUAUUUCCGGUUCUAACAACGGCCGCUUGUAUUGCUACGAAGACAACUCGACACAUGGGCUUUUGUUUAACCUAUUCAGCGUUAUUAUUGAAAACUUGGCGGGUCUCCCUUACCUAUCGGGUUAAAUCAGCUCAUAAAUUGAAGUUAACUGAUAAACAGCUUCUUCAAUGGUUAUUCCCGAUUCUCAUGAUAAUGGCCAUUUAUCUUGGUACCUGGACAAUUUCAGCUCCACCUCAGUCAAUUUAUAUCUACGAUUGGAAUAAUUUAAAAUUUAAAAUCUGUGAAUACAAUUGGUGGGAUCAUAGUCUUGCCAUCAUGGAAUCUUGUUUCCUCCUUUGGGGUGUAAAAGUUUGUUAUAAUGUCCGAAAUGCUGAAUCGUUUUUCAAUGAGGCCAAAUACAUUUGCUGGGCGAUCUACAAUAUAUCCGCUGUUAAUGUUACCAUGAUUUGUAUUCAUUUGAUAUUAUUACCGAAAGCGGGUCCUGAUGGUAAAUAUUUUUUCGGUUUCAUCAGAACUCAAUUGUCCACAACAACCACAAUCGCGUUUAUCUUUGGGCCCAAAUUUUAUCGAGUUAUUAAAGGUCAAGGUGACGCUUGGGAUAAUCGAGUUCGUGCUCGAGGUAUUAACGCUUCAUUCUCGUUGAACGGAGUUGGACUUGUCCAUGAAGAGACUCACGAUUUGUACCAAGAAAACGAAGAGCUAAAAGAGGAGAUUCAUAAACUUGCCACUCAAAUUGAAUUGAUGAAAUUAAUGCAAAUGGAGAUUAACAAUCGACACCUUAAGCCGAAACACCUUCUCGCUUCAGGUCACCAUCAUAUCUUACCGACUGUCACCAUAACCGCUAAUCCUGCAUCGACGGGAAGUGUCACUCAGUCACCGAUUGUGAAGGCUUGUUACUCUCGAUUUGAGGCUAACGACGCUCCGUCACCACGGAUCUCACCGGCCGCUGAAUUGGCCUCAGAACGGGUUUGAAACUUUUCCUCGGCCGCUUUUUUUUUAUAUAUCAUUCAAUGUAUACAUCUUCUAAUCCAACUGAUCAAAUCUAAAACGUAACAAUUUAUGUAAAAAUCAAAAUUAACUGCCAAUUGCUAUCAUCAAAAUGAUGAUAAAAAGAAUCAACUAAAUUAAUUAAUCAUUCUGAUACUUAAUUGUCUCAUUUUUUGUUUCAAUUUUUCUUUCCAACAUUGGAAAACUGAACAAAUUAACUACUUAAUCAAUUCUAAAUUUAUAUUUAAUUACCCGUCCAAAGAUUUAACCCCUUUAAUUGUUUGGUGAUUCUAAAUUGUGUGUUUUAAUCACUCUCUAAAUCAGCUUAUUUAACUGUUCAAACUUUUCAUCUUCAUCCAAAAAUUAAUUUGAUAAAUUGAAGUUUUUCCUAAACCACCAACGAAUCAAAUCAUGAUUACAAUCGGUAGCCAACAAUUAAAGAUUUUUUUCAAUUAGAUUGCAAUCAAAUUGUACGAACUUACAAUUAAAAUCACCCAAUUGGUAAGAGAAAAUACUUGACAAUUAAUAAACUGUAAUGUACAAAAGCUAAA